AUGGAUCCUGAGCUUAGUAAUAUUGGAAGUGGUGAUUAUACUGAUUGCAAAGGCAAGGCAGCAGAUCGAAGAAAGCAUGGUGGAAAAAAAGCUGCUUCCUUUGCAUGUGUUGUAGAGAUAAUGCAGAGUUUGAUCAUCUCAUGCAAUGCAGUAACCUUAGUUGACUAUUUUUUCAAGUCAAUGCAUUAUUCAGUUGCUGAUUCUUCAGUUAUGGUUACCAACUUCUUCGGAACAGCUUUUCUGCUCAGCAUUAUUUGGGGAUUUAUCAGUGACUCUUAUCUAACAAGAUUCACUGUAUUUGUAUUUGCUGGUGGCUUAGAACUUAUGGGACUACUCAUGUUAUCAUACCAAGCACAAAACCCUAAUUUGCAGCCACCAGAAAAGAAAACACCAUCAUACAUUCAAGCUCUUUAUCUUUACAUUGGACUUUAUUGUACAGCCAUGGGAAUCGGUGGAGUCAGAUCAACCUUGGCUGCACAUGGAGCUGAUCAACUUGAUCAAACCAACAAGAGUCUCAUUUCCUCAUACUUCAGUUGGUAUUUUUUUAGUGUAUGCACGGGAGCUCUUCUUUCAACAAGUGUUAUGGUUUCAAUUGAACAAAAAUAUGGAUGGAGUACAAGUUUUAUGAUAAUGGUGUUUGUUUCAAGUUUAGCAUUGUGCACUUUUGUAUCUGGAUUUUCAUUUUAUAGAUAUAAACUCCCUGCUGGAAGUCCUGUGAAUCGGAUCAUUCAGGUACUUGCUGCUUCAAUAAGAAAUACAAAGGUAUCAACUAAUGACAGUUCGAAUCUUGACGUCACAGAACAAUUACUUCCUAAAGAUAAAUCUCAAAAUAAAUUCAAGUUUUUGAAUGAAGCGUUGAUGGAUGAAAAUAUUGGUGUUGCUCAAGUUAAGGAAACAAAAACCUUCCUAGGACUUCUCUCAAUUUUUCUCACAACAAUCAUGGUGAAUUGUAGCGUAGCACAAAGCUUAACAUUCUCAGUACAACAAGGAAAUCUUAUGAAUAGAAAGAUAUACAGUUUUAUAAUCCCUACACAAUCUCUAGCAAUUGUUCCAAUCAUCAUAUCGCUUACAUUCAUUAUCGUAUUCGAACAAUUCAAACAUAUGAACAAAAAUAAAGGCAUAACAACAAACAAUAAAUUUUAUCAACCACUUUUUAGGAUGGGAGUAGGAUUAACAUUGGUAUCAAUAUCAAUGUUUAUGGCUUCAAUCAUCGAAUCUAAAAGGCUUGAAGCAUUCAAGAAUGAGAAUACACUUUCUGUGUUUUGGUUACUAUUCCAAUAUAUUUUAUUAGGGUUCUCUGAAACACUUACGGUGGGAGGAAUGCUUGAAUUUUUUUACUCAGAAGCACCUGAAAGUAUGAGAAGUAUAUGCACUUCAUUAUCUUGGUGUUCAAACUCUAUGGGGAUGUUUAUGAGUUCUGUGUUGGUGACUAUGAGUAAUUCAAUUAGUGGAAGAUUUGGCAUGGAAUGGUUUGGUGGAAAAGAUUUGAAUCACUCUAGGUUAGAUCUUUUUUAUGCUCUUCUUGGUGUUAUCAAUUUUUGUAACUUUUCCCUUUAUGUCUACUUUGCAAAGAGGUACUAA